AUGACGAUAGUCAACACCAUUAUAAGCCCAAUAUCGUACCAGGUUCUCACCAUUCUUCUUACUCUUCUAUUCAUCUCAAAGCUUCACACAGCCUCAGCCACCACCGACAUAACAUAUGUCAAGACAGCAUGCAAUUCAACCACGUACCCAAAAAUCUGCUACAACUCCCUCUCCCCCUACGCCUCUAAAAUCAAACGAAGCCCUCAAAAACUCAGCAAAACCGCCCUCUCCAUAACCAUAAAAGCCGCACACAAAGCAUCCUCCCAAGUCUCGAAGCUAUUGAAAGUGAAGAAAUUAACGCGUUUCGAAGCUGCACUCAUUAAGGACUGCGUCAUGAACAUCAAAGACUCCAUCGACGGGCUCAAGCAAUCUCUGCAUGCCAUCGACCAUUUAAGCGGUUCGGAUAAGGAAUCUGAUGAUCAGAUGGACGACAUAAAAACAUGGGUGAGCGCCGCCUUAACGAAUGAGAAUACAUGCACGGAUGGGUUUGAUGAUGAAGGGAAAAAGGUAAUAAGCGCGACAGUGAAGAACGAGAUCAAAAACAGUAUAUUAAAAGUUGUGGGGCUAACUAGCAAUGCCUUGUCUCUCAUCGACAGGACAACAAUCUCAAGCACAAGUUAA